AUGUUGAAAGUUGGCGUUGAGAAGAGCCUCAAGUUUUUACAGUCGACUUCACAGAUUGCAGCAACGGUCGGCUAUCUAUCACCAGACGAGGCUGCCCUGUGGCUCACAGCCAAGGAUCAAUUCGCGCUGGGUGAGAAACUUCUACCCGAGUCACCCAUGUCAUAUAUCCCUCUCCUGAACGCGCUUAUGUUGCUCUCCCAGCGGUUGGUAGCUGACAGAGUGGCUCUCCAGCACGCCGAUUUCUCCGUCUCUUCAAAUGGAUCGACUGCUGGAACACGGCUCCUCGGCACCUGGAGACCGUGGGCGGUAACCGCCCAAAUUGAAGCGUUGAAAUUCUGGUUCUACGCCUUGUCGGCGUCCGUCGCCUUGAGCCUGUACGAACUCUUGUUUGUCUACCCGGACCCUGCAUCAUCGAAGAACAACAACAACCAAUCGGCCAAUGAAAAGAAGGAGAAGACGACCUCGCCCGUCGUCGAAAAGACUAGUCGCAAGGGCGGCGCUGUCGACGAAUUCAACGAACCGGAGCAGACGAAACCAAGGAACCCCCCAACCGCGAAACGCAACGCUAUCUUUCGGCAACUGGUCAUCGACACCUGUGAUUUGCUGAUCCCAGCUGCAGCGGUGGGAUGGUUCCCACUCGAUCCUGUCACGGUCGGCGCUGCAGGCUCGGUUAGUGCCCUGCUCGGCGGAUCGGAUGUCUGGUAUCGUGUCAAUGCAUGA